AUGAAGCACCAAAAGAUUUACAAAAAUCAUUGUAAAACGCAAAAUUAUUGACAGAUGGAGGCGGGAUUGUGUAAGCCAAGAAAGUGGAUAUGGUUAAACCAUAGAUGGAGCUAUAAUAAUAACAGAAAUCAGCCAUGAAUACGAUAUUUCAAUACUAGAUUAUUAAAAACUUUAAUUGAAGAGCUCAUAUUUAGUAUAUUAUUAUUAGAGGAUGAGAGAGAUAUCAAGGCAAUUCUAGAUUCAAAAAUGCCAAACAAUUAUAGCCCCACCUAA